AUGACCAACUGCCCAACACUCAUUGUCAUGGUGGGCCUGCCUGCCAGGGGCAAGACCUACAUUUCUAAGAAGCUGACUCGAUACCUGAACUGGAUUGGUGUGCCCACUCGGGAAUUCAACGUUGGCCAGUACCGUCGGGACAUGGUCAAGACGUACAAAUCUUUUGAGUUUUUCCUCCCAGACAACGAAGAGGGCCUGAAAAUCAGGAAGCAGUGUGCCCUGGCAGCCCUCUGUGACGUCCGGAGGUUCCUUAGUAAGGAGGGGGGACAUGUGGCGGUUUUUGAUGCAACAAAUACCACCCGAGAACGAAGGGCGACCAUCUUUAAUUUUGGGGAACAGAAUGGCUACAAGACCUUUUUUGUUGAGUCCAUCUGUGUGGAUCCUGAGGUCAUAGCUGCCAACAUCGUGCAAGUGAAGUUGGGCAGCCCUGACUAUGUCAACCGUGACAGUGACGAGGCCACAGAGGAUUUCAUGAGGCGCAUUGAGUGCUAUGAGAACUCGUACGAGUCGCUGGAUGAGGACCUAGACAGGGAUCUGUCCUAUAUCAAGAUCAUGGAUGUGGGGCAGAGCUACGUGGUGAACCGUGUGGCUGACCACAUCCAGAGCCGCAUUGUGUAUUACCUCAUGAACAUCCAUGUGACCCCCCGCUCCAUCUACCUCUGCCGGCAUGGGGAGAGUGAGCUCAACCUCAAGGGCCGGAUUGGCGGGGACCCAGGACUAUCUCCCCGGGGCAGGGAGUUUGCCAAGAGUCUGGCCCAGUUCAUCAGUGACCAGAACAUCAAGGAUCUGAAGGUCUGGACAAGCCAGAUGAAGAGGACGAUCCAGACAGCCGAGGCGCUGGGUGUGCCCUACGAGCAGUGGAAGGUCCUCAAUGAGAUUGAUGCGGGUGUCUGUGAGGAAAUGACCUACGAGGAAAUUCAGGAACAUUAUCCACUGGAGUUUGCUCUGCGAGACCAGGACAAGUACCGGUACCGGUACCCCAAGGGGGAGUCAUACGAGGACCUGGUCCAGCGACUGGAGCCUGUCAUCAUGGAGCUGGAGAGGCAAGAGAACGUGCUGGUCAUCUGCCACCAGGCUGUGAUGCGCUGCCUCCUGGCCUAUUUCCUUGACAAAGCGGCAGAACAGCUGCCCUACCUCAAAUGUCCGCUGCACACAGUCCUGAAGCUGACCCCUGUGGCGUAUGGUUGUAAAGUGGAGUCCAUCUUCCUGAAUGUGGCGGCUGUGAACACGCACCGGGACAGGCCUCAGAAUGUAGACAUCUCAAGGCCUCCGGAGGAAGCCCUUGUGACAGUCCCCGCUCACCAGUGACUAUGUCUCAUCCACUGCAACCCCUGGGCAGGCGUUGAUCUCCGCAGACAAGGUUAUCCCAAGCCCCGCCCGGUCUGGGUGACAGUCACCAUGCAGGAACGCUCUUGAAGCCAUAUGUGGCUGGUGGCACCCAGAACCCCUGCCCAACACACCCACCACCUUGUUGACAGUGACAGGGUCGUGCGUGGUUCCUGACCUGCUGCUGAGAAUCAUUCAGCAGUUGCCGGCACUGGGUCCUUCUGUUGCAGCUCGUCGGUGUUCUGCCUCACCAGGUCAGUGGGCUUUGUGAGACGUGAAGCCCCAAAAUGUGAACCAGAAAGUGCUUGCUGUGAUGUUCCCACUGUGGCCCCACUGCCUGGGGUGGACCUGGCGACCUCCCACAGGGCUUCUGCUGUCCUCUCUGUGGCCACUUCUGAGCCAGAAGCGAGGUCUUCAUGGGACCCUGAGCUUGUGCUGCCUCAGGUGAGAGGGAAAGCCCUUUUCACCCUUCCGUGCCAGGAACUGAAGAGCGGCAGCCAAGGCAGACGCCUCCUGGGCAGCCACUGGCCAGGCCCUGUGUCUGUGUUGCCCGCAUUUGUGGCCAUUUGUGAAAACAGCAUGCUUGCUUCAGAACAUUGUUUGCACAAAAACGUGGGGAGGAAGGCAUUUGUGGUCACCCCUUCCAAUUGGGCAUACAUGAGAAUACUUGGGGGAGCUGGCGGCUAACACUGCCCCUUCCCAGCUGCUCUCAUGGUGAAACCAUGUAAAGACAGGGCAGUUGUAUGAGUUACCUUCCCAGUGCACACACCGAAGUGCUCAAGGGUGAGGCCACCAUCCCCUCUCCCCUUCCCCAGCUGUCCACACCAGGUGGCUGGGGAGGAGGCGGCCUCUCGCCUGCUACUGUCUGUGUCCACACAGGAACAUACACUGGUGGCAGAGACAUGCAUUUGCCAUAAAUAAUUCAGAAAAACUUGUUAUGGUCCUGUAAAACCUGUCCUGAUUUUGCUGACGUCUACUGUGGGACUGAGGAAGGGAAAGGACAGAACCUGGAAGCAGCCCCCGGACAAGGGAGGAUUUUCCCAGCCACCUCACAGCUCUUGACUCAUGUGCAUGUGAGGCCUGGUGAAAACAGCCUCCUGAAGUCUGGCAUCUGCCAUGCCCCUAAGUUCUUUUGGACCCAGAGAGGCAGGCCGAGCAGUGGGUUCUGGCUCCAUUUGGUAGCUGGCAAACCAACUGGCUAACAAGUUUUGGGGCUGGGUCAGAAAGCACCUGGGCUUGUAGUCAGGUGCCCUGCUGUCCACAGGUGUACCUUGGUGAAGCCAGGCCCCUGGAACCUUGUAUCCGCAACCUUUCCUUGCCUGUGCCUGGUAGAGCAGCCCACCUUUUCUAGCCCGCUGGGCUUUGCAGCCUGCAGUUGUCACCUGCUCCUGAGAAAAAUUAAUGUACUUGGCCCUGGCUGUCUGUGCUAUCCUUGUGUGCUGAGGCAGCUGUGGACAAAUAUAGGUGGAGAGGUGUCCAGGGUGGGACCAGGACAGAAUCCUCCUUCUGGACUCAUCUGUUGGAGCUCCAAGCCCUUUAGAUCUGGGGCCAGAGGACUGGGCCACUGCCUUUGGGACAUGGCGACUGCACCCUUUACUUUGGUGUCCCUUGGAGUUUUGGUAACUUUUGUCACCUGGACAUUCUCACUUGUUAGCUAUCACAGGUUCUUUCAGUCGUCGGCAGGACAUGUACAUUUGGAUGUCGCUAAGACCACCAAGGCCUUCUCUCUCUGUGAACAGAGGGAAGUCUGGAGCUGCUGGACUUGGGUGCAUUGCAAGGACUGGGAAUAGGGCAGAGAGAAUUCUGGGGUUGGGGUAUGGGUGGGGGCAGCCCCCUCUCAGCCUCUGCCCUUGAGUGGUGUCUGCAUGGGUGGUGUGCCUGGUUGGCUGCCAGGUUUUAGCCAUGACAGUCAAUGUGCCUGUAUUGCAGACAUUCUCCUGCCUCCCUGGAAUGGAUGGUGUUGGCUCACAGCCACACAUCACACUGUGUCCAGCAUUCUUUGCAAUAAAUGCUUUUUAAAUAAAUAAUAGUUAAAGAUUGUA